AUGUCUCGUCUCAGACCGUCUACCAUCGACAGUGGGUUCAUCCUAGCUCCCCAUGCUUUAGAGAAUCCUUUCACGUCGGACAAAUCGUAUCAACGAGUUCUCGAAUGGUACCUCCCACCUUCUAUUCUCGAGACUGUCACACCUCGUCUCACCAAAUUUGCGGAAGAGGCAAUCUCAUCAGAGGUCAAUGAAUUGAUAUCAAAUGCGGAAUCGCAACAGCCAUACGUCAAGGCCCAUAACGUGUGGGGUGCCCGUUACCCAUAUGAUAGACUGGUGACCAGUCAUGGCUGGAAAGAACUGGGAAAAUGGGGGUCGAAGAAUGGAGUGAUAGCGCUUGGCUACGAGAACGAGUUCAAAGAGUACCGGAGGCUCGUUCAGCAUGCAUUUAACUAUACAUUCUCUGCAUCGUCGGCGGUAUAUUCAUGUCCAGUUUCAAUGACCAGCGGAGCAGCACGGCUCGUGGCUAAACAGCUGAGCUCCGUGCCCGCUGAUCAUCCAUUUCAUGAAAUCUAUCGUCUCCUCAUCUCCCGGGAAGGGAAUUGGAUCUCGUCUCAGUGGAUGACCGAGAGACCCGGUGGCAGCGAUGUACAGAACUCUGAGACUGUUGCUGUCUUCUCUCCGCUCCCCGCCAAGUCAGGACGUUAUGGGGCCAUUGAAGAAGGAGACUAUCUUGUGUCCGGGUUCAAGUUCUUUUCGUCGGCCACCGACUGCAAUAUGGCCCUCAUCCUGGCCAAAACAGAAUCCGGGCAGCUCAGUCUCUUUGUUGCGCCAACCAGAAAGACGGUGGUUGUUGAUGGGAAACCCCAGCAGGUGACAAACGGUGUUCGUAUUCAUCGCCUCAAGAACAAGAUGGGCACCAAGGAGCUUCCGACCGCUGAAUUGCAGCUUGACAACGUGAGAGCUCAUCUCAUCGGUCCAUUGGACCGCGGAAUCGCGACCAUCGCCCUGCUUUUGAAUGUUACCAGAACUCAUAAUUUUAUCACUGCCUUGUCUUGCUGGCGUCGGGGCAUGGCGAUUGCUAAGAGCUUCGCGAAGGUCCGGACCACGAUCAAUCAACCGCUGUGGACCUUUCCUAUGCAUCUCCGAAUGCUGGCAAAUAUGGAGGUCAAGCACCGAGGGGCUCUCCAGCUCGCAUUCUUCACUACUGCAUUGCUGAGUUUCGCCGACAACGGGUUUCCCCCGGAGGAUAUCCAACGGAGGGGCUACGUACCUCUGCCAUCCCCUGGAGAACAGACUGAGAUUAUCCUGAGAACUCUGACCGCAACGUCGAAGGCCGUGAUCUGCAAAACCGGCACUCUUUCGCUACAGGAAUGCCAGGAGGCCAUGGGCGGUGUCGGGUACAUGGACGAGCCGGAUGAGCCGGAUUUCAACAUCUCGCGCCUCAUGCGGGACACAGCAGCAAACAUGACGUGGGAAGGUACUACAAACGUGUUGAGCAGCGAGGUGGUUAGACAUCUCUUGAAUAAGAACGCAAGCCAUCUUUCUGCUUUCAGCGCCUGGAUGGAGUUUGCGAUUUCGCGCGUGAAAGACGCUGAGUUGAGAGAGAGACUGGAAGUGGCUUGGGGUGAAUAUUUCAACACGCUCAAUAAGAGGAGUGAUGAUCUGGUCUCUGCCCUCGCCAUGGGACGGCAGUUGAUGUUCACUCUCGCCUGGCUGGUGGCGGGGGUGCUUCUUGCACUUGACGCGGCUAGGGACACGGAUGCGGUUGCUUUGGAGAUUGCACGACGCUGGGUUCUGGAAGGUGAAGGAAAUAUAGGCGAGUUCCAUCUCUCGAACGUCGUCAAGUCGUCGGGGCGUUUGCUGCCAACCAGUGACAGGGACAAGAUCAACUGGGACUGUCGAAUAGUUUGGGAUAUCGACCUCCCUAACGGCUAUGCAACGGGCUACAGAGUCGGAGACAGGAAGACAAGUCGCGCCAAACUAUAG